UCUUCUCCCUUCCCUUCCCUUCUCUUCUCUGCAUCUCUACUAGCGUCUUCUCAGUGAUGACGAUGGCGAUGGCGACGGGGAAUCUGACGGCACACGAUCGGCAGAUUCUGGCGGCGGUGAAUGGCGGAGCAUCGAGUCUUUCGUUCGUCGGUUCAGGCUUCAUCGUCCUCUGCUACGUUCUGUUCAAGGAGCUUCGAAAGUUCUCCUUCAAGCUCGUCUUCUACCUCGCUCUCUCUGACAUGCUCUGUAGUUUCUUCAGCAUUAUUGGAGAUCCAUCCCAGGGAUUUUUUUGCUAUGCUCAGGGCUACACCACCCAUUUCUUCUGUGUGGCGUCUUUCUUGUGGACUACUACUAUUGCUUUCACUCUUCACCGCACUGUUGUUAGACACAAAACUGAUGUUGAAGAUUUGGAGUCCAUGUUUCACUUGUAUGUUUGGGGAACUUCACUAGUUAUGACUGUGAUACGAUCUAUUGGUAAUGACCAUGGCCAUUUGGGUGUGUGGUGUUGGGCGCAAAUAGGUCAAACAGGAAAGGUGGUUCACUUUAUAACAUUUUAUGUUCCCCUUUGGGGUGCUAUUCUUUUCAAUGGUUUUACAUACUUUCAAGUGAUACGCAUGCUGAAUAAUGCAACCCGUAUGGCUGUAGGCAUGUCAGAGCGGGGAUACCAAUUGGAUGCAAGGGCAGAUAACAUGAAGGCUUUAAAUCGGUGGGGUUACUACCCGCUAAUUUUAAUAGGAUCAUGGGCUUUUGGCACCAUCAACCGUGUCCAUGAUUUUAUUGAACCAGGACAUAAAAUCUUUUGGCUCUCAGUUCUUGAUGUGGGGAUGGCUGCACUUAUGGGAUUAUUCAACUCAAUAGCAUAUGGCCUCAACUCCUCAGUGCGACGGGCAAUUUAUGAAAGAUUGGAUCUGUUUUGGCCUGAGAAGCUUCGGAGAUGGUUCCCUUGCUCAUCAAAGUCCAGAGGCCAGCAGCAGGAAAGCGAACUAGUCUCAUUGAAAAUCCAAGACCCUCAGUAGCAAAUUCUUCAAUCAUUCAAUUCCCUGCAAAAGUUUUCAACCUUUUCCACAUCAAAUCUGAGAGCGCAGAGGGAUGGAACGAAGAAGCAAUCUCAGAAACAGCUCCUGGUACUUUCAUCCCAACCAUUUUGAAUUCAUAGCCUUUCACCAAUCAUGCCAAUGUACCAUUCAUUUCUCCAAUCCGUUGUGUUUUUACUUGCAUUGUAAAGAUCAAAGAUCAAAAAGCCACGAUCUUGAGCUGUGAUCCGAAAGGUUUCCUCUAAAUAUAUGAGUUGAUGAAUGAUGAGAGCAGUCACGAUUAGAAUCUCUAACAGCAUUUGUCCAUACUCGAGAGCAAGCGGAUAAACCCUGGCUGCAGUCACAAUGAGGCAGUGUGUACGCUUUUUUUUUUUUUUGGUAUUUCAAUCUUGAUUUUAUGAAUAUUUUGUGAGUAAUAACUACCUGAUAUAGCUUUAAAUGAAAUGAUUAUUGUUGGUGAGUAGGUCGAGAUAUUGUAUAGCUUCCAAAAUGAAAUUGGUGAGGAAAAUGAAUUAGGGCCUCCCCACCAUUAGAAC